CGGAAAAAUUGCAUUUGCGCACUGUCAAAGAGAAAGAAUUGAGCGGGAUGACAAGACGGAAAAGCUCGCAGCCAUUGAUGGCAUACUUGUUCGACCGCGAAUGGCUUUUGCACACGUUGAGGAGCAAAUACAUGAUCGCAACGUCAAGGGCAUGCCAAUUGCCACUCUACGAGAGGAGAAAGUGCGUCUACAGAAGCGUAUCGCUGUUCUACAAGAGAAGGCGUGCAGCGGGGCUGCCGCAGAAGACACAGUCAACCGACUCAGAUGCGGGAUUGACUACGAGUGCUACCAAAUGCAGCCGGGGUGCCGUAGAGUAGCGUCAGAGGAAGCUGCUCGACUCAAAGAGUCUCUUAACCUUAGCUCCUUAUUCAAGGACACUACUCAACGGUCUUUCUUAGGGUUGAAGAGUUAUUUAACUCCAAAUAACUCUUAGGUUUCUCAAAAUCCAAAC